UGGCGUAUCAGUUGCUCGUUUGCACUGCGGGUGAUCGCUUGUUGAGCUGUCUGUCAUUUUUACCUGCUUCGGAAAAAUGCCGAAACCGAUCUUGUACUACGAUGAUCGCAGUCCGCCGGUGCGCAGCUGUCUGAUGUUAAUUAAAAUGCUGAAGAUCGACAUUGAGCUGCGAUUUAUUGAUUUAUUCCGGGGGGAACAGUUCGGGAAAGAGUUCUUGGCGCUGAAUCCGCAGCAUAGUGUGCCAACGCUGGUACAUGAUGAGCUUGUGCUCACUGACAGCCAUGUGAUACUGAUAUAUCUGGUGGAACAGUUUGACGCAGACGGCACUCUCUGGCCAAAGGAUUACUUGGCGCGGAUGAAGGUGUUGAAUCGCUUGUUCUUCGAGUGCUCCUUUCUAUUUCGCCGUGACAGUGAUUUAAUGUCGGAAAUCGUGCGCAAGCAGUUUUCUAAUGUUGAUGUGGCCUACCACGAACGAAAGCUCUGCGAGGCAUAUGGCAUCAUGGAGCAGUAUCUGGGCGAGCAACAGUAUAUGGCUGCUGACCAGCUGACGCUCGCUGAUGUAUCCAUUGUGACCACACUCAGCACAGUGAAUCUCAUGUUUCCCGUCGCGUCAGCGGAGGCACAACGUUGGCCGCGAUUGCAGCGUUGGUUCGCCACAAUGCAGCAAUUGGAUGCCUACGAUGAGAAUCGCAUUGGCUUGGAAAAGCUCCGUCAAAUUGUGGAGCAAAUGGGCAAAUUUGAGUUUCCCAAGCAGGAACUGGAUAAGGCUGCUUAACCAAAUAUGAUUGUAAUUUCUGCUGGUGAAAAGGAUAUUAAUAUACUUCUGAAAUACAACAUAAAAAACAC